UGAAGGGUGGGAAUAUUAAUUAGCAUAAUUAUUGUCAUCGCAGUAAAAUCAACAUCAUCAAGUAGUGAAACCCAAGCGGACACGUGUCGAUCUACCAACGAGUGGUACAUUAUCGAUCCCGUACAACGGCAGCGUACAACACAUAAUUUUAUAUAACAGCUUUUAUAUACACAUACAUCACACGUGGUCUCUUCCUUCUUAACGCCGGAAAUCCCUCCACUUUUCUAAAUUCUUCUCCGUUCAUAUAGCCGUAGAAUAAUUAUACAUAAACUACAAAUACGUAUCACAUAGAUUUCCCAUUUUUACCAUAAUAGUAUUCUCAACCCUAUCUAAUUAGAGAUAUAAUCUCUAAUUUAUUUAUAUUUAUUCUCUGUAUAGCGUAUACAGGAGCUUUGCUGUAUCAAUGGGAGCGGUGACGUCAUCAAUGGCAGCAAAGUUUGCAUUUUUUCCACCGAAUCCGCCUUCGUACGGAGUGGUGAUGGAAGAAUCGACGGGGAAAUUGAAGUUGACUGAAGUACCGGAGAAGGAAAAUGUCGACGUAUUGAAGCUACAAACGAAGAAGGGAAAUGAGAUUGUGGCCGUGUAUAUUAAGAAUCCGGCGGCGAUUUUGACGGUGCUUUAUUCGCAUGGUAACGCUGCUGAUUUAGGGCAGAUGUAUGAGUUGUUUACUGAACUCAGUCUACAUCUUCGGGUCAAUUUGAUGGGAUAUGACUAUUCAGGAUAUGGGCGAUCCACUGGCAAGCCUAGCGAGCAGAACACUUAUGCUGACAUAGAAGCUGUGUAUAAAAGUCUUAAAGAGACAUAUGGCGUGAAAGAGGAAGAUGUCAUACUAUAUGGACAGUCAGUUGGUAGUGGACCCACACUGGAUCUGGCAUCGCGAUUGUCCAGAUUUAGGGCGGUCGUUCUUCACAGCCCAAUACUCUCCGGACUUCGUGUAAUGUAUCCUGUGAAGCGGACAUAUUGGUUUGACAUAUAUAAGAAUAUUGACAAAAUACCGUUGGUUGAAUGCCCUGUCCUCAUUAUUCAUGGCACUGCAGAUGAUGUAGUUGAUUGCUCCCAUGGCAAACAGCUUUUUGAGCUAUCUAAGCAGAAAUAUGAGCCAUUGUGGGUUAAAACUGGUAACCAUUGUGAUUUGGAGCUCUUCCCGGAGUACAUAAAACAUUUGAAGAAGUUCAUAUCAGCUAUUGAGAAAUCAACUGUUUUUAGAAAUGGAUCUGCACUUUGCAUGGACCAAACAGAUAAACCUCGAAGCAGCACAGAUUGUAGACCCCGGCCAAGCACAGAUCAGAGGGAGAAAUCUAGGCAAAGCACAGACAACAGAGAUGCUAGAACAAGCACAGAUCGAAGAGAUAAAUCCAGAGCUAACAUGGACCGCAAGAGCAAGAGUGUGGAUCUCUCAGAGAAGGCAAAUAAUAAUUCAGAACAACCAGAGAAAGCUAGAAAAAGCAUUGAUCGCUUUGGUGACAUGAUGAGAUCUGCUGUAUUGUGCAAUAUUGAUUGCUUCAAGCCUGUUGGAGCAAACGUCUGAAUAUCUGAUGAAGAGGGCAGACGUUUACUGUGCAAUGAUGCUGGAAUUUCUACCGAGAAUGUGCAUUCAUGCUCCUGAGCUCAACUGAACAUUCCAAUGCAAACACUGGUUGUAUAUACCACAGCGAACCAAUUGAUUUUAGCAUGGUAGUUAUCAAACGGGAUCCUACAAUUUGGAUGAAAUGGGUUAAUAACCAGAUAAAGUGGUGGUUGGGUUAGUUGGUUAUAUGAUCCAUUACACAAUCUUCUUUCAAGUUUUUUUGACCCUUUUUCACCGGAGAUCUACCUAUGUUAAGACAUAGGAGAUCAGUGCUAUAAAGCACACUAGCUCUUUGUGUAGUCAUUCUCUUACACUCAAAUUGUAAGUGGUUAUUUAUAUCAUUUCUUCUCCCCGUGCCUGUGCCAAAUGAGAAAUGUUAUGCUAUGCUUGAAUACCCUGGAGAUUCUAUGUUGCCUGUUACUCCUGGUACUGGAAGCAAACCAAAAUCUUUUGUUGUGGAUUCAUGAAGCACCUAAUCCUGAUGGAACAUCUCCAUUCCUGUACUCUGGUUUGAGGUCGGUUUUGGAGUAAUCAUAGCUGUCUCAUCUUUUCCUCCUACUCUCUCCCCCUCCCCUUCCCCUUUCCCCCUGGGUUUGACAUUUUGGUUUGGGCUUCGUUCGGGUUUCUUGGUAUUGGUAUGUAUUUGGACCGGUUGAAAAUGAAAUUAAAGGAUAUUUUGGUUCA